GAAACACCUGAGUUGUCAACAUUAUCAAGACUCUAACCUUCCGAAGUCUCAGAAAUUACACAGUUUUUCUCUCGGAUGCUGAUGAUUCCAUUUGACACGUGUGUUUAAUUUAUCACAACUCAAUUUUCAUAUCUACUAACAAUCUCUACUGCCUAUGAACUUUAUCACGUGUUAUUGUUGAUAAACCAAUUGAAAAUAUGCGAGGAUUCGUCGAUCGGCAUUUGUUGUACUCAUUUUCUUUUUUUAUAUUUGCGGUGAUCAAUCAGGUUCCUGCCUCACUGAAUUUUCAAACGCAAGAGCAAUCGAAAUUGGAGAAACUCCCGUCUUGUGCGGCAUGUAAAGUACUCACCGAAAGUUUCAAAAAGGGCAUUGAAAAAACAAAAAGAGGAAAAUUCGAAGGGGGAGAUUCAGCCUGGGAAGAAGAUAAAUUAAAAUCUUACGCCAAAAGUGAAAUAAGAUUGACAGAAAUCCAAGAGCAUCUAUGCAAAGAUGUGCAAAAAGGAGAAAUCCAGUGCCAUGACCUGGCCGAGGAAUUAGAGAGUAUCAUCGAGGACUGGUGGUUCAACCAACAGGAUGCUUAUCCAGAUAUUCAUGAUUAUAUUUGUAUAGAUCAGACUAAGAGGUGCUGCCCCAAGAAUCACUUCGGCCCGAAAUGCACAAAGUGUCCGGGUUUUCCAGAUAAAGUAUGCAAUAACAACGGAAAAUGCAAGGGUGCGGGUACGAGGAAAGGAAAUGGUCAAUGUCUCUGUGAUAAAAAUUAUGCUGGAGAGACUUGCACAGAGUGUGCUCAGGGGUAUUAUGAAUCCUACCGAGAUGAGGAUAAACUGCUCUGUUCAAUUUGCCAUCCAGCUUGUGCCAAUGGAUGCACCGGAGGUGGAUCUGCUGAAUGUCAAGGAGAAUGCAGAAGUGGCUGGCGGCUAGUGGAAAAUCAAGGGUGUGUAGAUAUUAAUGAAUGCUUGGAGAGUAAAAAAUACUGUCCUGGCAAUCAAUUUUGCGUCAAUAAAGAGGGAAAUUACACAUGCCUAACUUGUGAUAAAGCCUGCAAUGGCUGCACUGGAGAUGGUCCUGAUAUGUGUAUAGAUUGUGCUGAAGGCUAUCAUGAACAAGACAAUAUUUGUAUAAAUUCAGAUAUUUUGGGACGGAAAAGAACCGAAAAUAUGGCGCGAUAUGCAACCUAUUUUGGUUUGUGUGCAGCGACAUGUAUUAUACUCCAGAAAAAUGUUUACGCAGCUAGUGCAAUUGGCUUACUCGUUGGACUCUACAUAUCUGUCUCCGAAUACAUGAUAGCCACUACUGGCGUCCAAAACACAUCGCCAAAUUUUGAUUUUUUACCACCGAUGGUCUAACGAUUAAGACUGUAUUUAUGGGUACAUGGAUUUAUGUAUUUCCGAAUAAAAAAUUAUAAUUU